UUUUAAAAUAAAACACCAACAGGCUGUAAUAACUAUACUCUGCGCCUUUAAUAUCUGUUGAUAUUAAAGAUGCAGGAUGAUUUACUGCCACGAAUUUAGGCUGUUUCAGUACAGCAUUGUUAUUUUGUCAAACCACAUACACACACCCUUAUUCGCCGUAAUGUCACAGAAAAUAAAUUAAUUCGGUAUAUCAAAAAUAUACAAGAAAUACUGGAUGAAUCUAAAUUCCCCUUCUCAGCAGACUAUCUCUCUCUCUCCCCUCCCCGCCACCCCAGCGGCGUCACGCAUGCCUUUCCCGGAACCAAAAUGUCGCAGCGCUUGUUUCCGUGGACAUGUCUUGAGAUCUUCCCGACGGAAGCGUUGCUGCCCGGGUGGGUUAGACUCGUGCCGUUCACAAUACAGCAGAAGAGGAGGCAGCUUUCUCCGUUGCUUUGUCGGCGCGAUCAUAGCAGGGAUCACCCAGCCCGGUGUUUCUACAAGGGUGGCUCGUCUUCGGGAUUAAGGGAAUGUGGAGGCUGGCUAGGCGCCCUUUAAGCGCCCUCGCGGAGACGCCGACAGAUUUUGGUGGAAUCAAAAUUCUUACUGCUGGUUACAGGAAAUAUGAUCCACUUCCAGAUUAUACAGGAAUUAUCAUUCCUGAGAAACCCAAAUUGAGAAUUGUUGAAAGAGCACCAAACUUGAUUAAGGUUAGGCGACAGCCCAAGAAUUUACGUGACAUCCAAGGUCCAUCUACAGAAGCCACUGAAUUUACUGAAGGAAAAUUUGGUAUUUUGGCUAUGAAUGGUGGCUAUCUCCGCUGGAUUCACUUUGAAGUUAUGCGUUUAAGUAUUAAUCGGCACAUGAAUUCCAAGACUAUGUUUGCACUGUGGAGAGUCCCUCCUCCUUACAAACCCAUUACUCGCAAAGGGCUCGGACACCGUAUGGGUGGUGGCAAAGGUGCAAUUGAUCACUAUGUGUCAGCAGUGAAAGCAGGUCGCCUCAUAGUGGAAAUUGGUGGGCAUUGUGAGUUUGCUGAGGUGAAACACUUCCUCACUCAAGUAGCCAAGAAACUGCCUUUUGAAGCCCAAGCAGUCAGCAGGGAAACCCUUCAAGAGAUGCGGGACAGAGAAGAGGAGAGGCAGCGUAAUAACCAGAAUCCAUGGACAUUUGAGCGCAUUGUUACUGCCAAUAUGCUGGGAAUACGGAAAUAUCUGAGCCCUAAAGACUUACAGUACAAGGGUCGCUACUGGGGAAAGUUCUUCUUGCCUGACAGGGUGUGAGUGGAAACUUUUGGCACCUGAUCUGCUGCAACCAUUCUUUGAAAACUUUGCCUUUCUCAACACACAGAUUGGUGGGUGAAGAAAUGAGUGACUAUAUAUCUGGAAGUCCAAUAAGUAUGGAGGGCGAUAAUGAUGUAGAACUUGGUAUAAAUAAACUCAUCAUGGAAGUUU